AAUGCUGUGCGGAAGAUGAGGAGCGGGAAGGCCUCCUGUGCCCUGGAGACCGUCUGGGAAGACAAGCAGAAGUAUGGGGAAGCUGAGCAGCGCUUCCACGAGCACGAGGCCACGCGAGCCGCCGCCGCUGCCCAGCAGCUUCUGGGCCAGGUGCCAGCCGUGAACGGGCCAGGUCAGGAGGACACCAAGGAGGCAGAGGAGGUCGAGGCCCCAUACAGCUGCAGGGGCAUUCCUGGGAAGAGCCAUAAAGGGAGGCAGCCCCUGCAGAAGAAGAGGAAGCGCUCCCCGAAGAGCUGGCUCGGUGGGGCAGACCUGGCCCUUGUGGGCCUCUCAGCUGACCAUGUCUGGCUAGACAAGCUGCUUUUCGACCAGGCAGAGAGCUCCUACCGCCAGAGGCUGGCAGACUUGGCUGCCCAGGCAGCCCAGCCACUGGUUUUGGCCCCUAGGGGUCCUUGCACCCACGGAAGCCAGAUGGCCUGCCACCAUGUGACGUGGGGCAUCUGGGUCAACAAGUCUGCCUUCGACCAGGCUGAGCGGGCAUUUGUGGAGUGGUCUCAGGCUCUGCGGUUGGCCACAGAGGGGAGCAGCAGGCAGGGGGCUCCUGACACAGGCCAGCGGGCACCUGCCCUUGACCUGGCCCUCACCCACCAGCCUAGUUCACCAGCCAAUGGCCAGCCCCCUCUUGGCAGCCUGCAGGCACUGGUGCGGGAGGUGUGGCUGGAGAAGCCCCGGUACGACGCAGCCGAGAGGGGCUAUUAUGAGGCCCUGUUUGAUGGUCACCCCCCUGGGAAGGUGCGCCUGCAGGAGCGAGCCAGCCAGGCUGAGAAUGUCAAGCGGGCCCGUAGAGAUCGGCGGGGCCGCAACACUCUGGGAAACAAGCGGGCUGAGCUGAGGCGUGCUGAUGGGGGGGUCCCAACGUCUGCCCUUCCCUACUGGUACUUCCUGCACAAAGAUGCCGAGGCCCCCUGGCUCACCAAGCCCACCUACGACAGUGCGGAGUGCCGCCACCAUGCUGCUGAGGCCCUGCGCGUGGCCUGGCACCUCGAAUCUACAUCUCUGGUUCACCGACCCAGUGCCCGGUCUGGCCCAUCCAUGUCCAGCCUGAGACCCAACAGGAAAAUGGCCACAAACUUCCUAAUGCACGAGAAGAUCUGGUUUGACAAGUUCAGAUAUGAUGAUGCAGAAAGGAAAUUCUACGAGCAGAUGAAUGGGCCUGUGACUGGCUCCUCAUGCCAGGAGAAUGGCGCAAGCGUGAUCCUCCGGGACAUUGCGAGAGCCAGAGAGAACAUCCAGAAGUCCCUGGCCGGAAGUUCAGGCCCGGGGGCCUCCAGCGGGCCCAGUGGAGACCAGAGUGAGCUCGUUGUCCGGAUCGCCAGCCUGGAAGUGGAGAACCAGAGUCUGCGAGGAGUGGUGCAGGACCUGCAGCAGGCCAUCUCUAAGCUGGAGGCCCGACUGAGUGUGCUGGAGAAGAGCUCACCCACCCACCGGGCCACAGCCCCGCAGACCCAGCACGUGUCUCCCAUGCGCCAAGUGGAGCCCCCCCCCCAAAAGGCAGCUGCCGCUGCCGAGGAUGACGAGGAUGAAGAUAUCGACCUGUUUGGCAGUGACGAGGAGGAUGACAAGGAGGCUGCCCGACUGCGGGAGGAGCGGCUGCGGCAGUAUGCAGAGAAGAAGGCGAAGAAGCCAGUGCUGGUGGCCAAGUCCUCCAUCCUCCUGGAUGUCAAGCCUUGGGAUGAUGAGACAGACAUGGCCCAGCUGGAGGCUUGUGUGCGCUCUGUCCAGCUGGAUGGGCUGACCUGGGGGGGCUCCAAGCUGGUGCCCGUGGGCUAUGGCAUCCACAAGCUGCAGAUCCAGUGUGUGGUGGAGGACGACAAAGUGGGGACUGACCUGCUGGAGGAGGAGGUCACCAAGUUCCAGGAGCAUGUGCAGAGCGUUGACAUUGCUGCUUUCAACAAGAUCUAAGCCCUAGCACUGGGCCUGAGCAUGAGACCCUGCCACCAUUAAAGACUGAGAUUCCUUA